AUGGCGCCCAAGAUGCCCGCGUACGCGCGUCAGCACACGCCGUUUUCUAUGAAACUAGAAGAUCCAACAGACUUUUGUCUCAAACUGGCCGGAGCUACGUUACUGUGGGAGAUCCCUCGAUUCGCGGUCUCGCGAGCGAUCAAGCGAUGGUACGGGAAGACGAACACGCCCGCCGAGCGCGACUUCGUGCGAACGGCGCCGUCGUACGUGAUGUCGACCGUCCACGCGCUCGCGAUGGCGACGACUGGGCUGUGGGUCGGAAACGCGACGCUGGGAUUACCAAACGCGGCGGAUCGAUACUACUUGCACGCGAAGAGCGCGUUCAGAGGGAAGGCGUUGAUCACGACGGAGAUCGCAAACUGGUUGUUCUGCGGGUACAUGACGGGUGACUUGGCGCACGUGUUGGCGGCCUACCCGCGUCUGGGCAAGGUGGACAUGGUUGUCCAUCACGCGUGCUUCAUCGCCGCCUCGCUCUUAGCGGGCGGAUCGCAGACGAUGAUGCUGCCGUUCUCUUGGUUAUUGAUCGGCGAGUAUUCGACCCCGAUUCUGUGCUUGCGAUGGUUCAUUCAACAGAUGACGUACGAGUUGAAGAGCGCGCGUGUCGUUCGAUGGGCCGAGGCGUUGGGAUACCGUGGCGACACCGUGAGUUCGGUCACGAACGCCGGGAAGCGUUUAGAGUUCAACACAUCCGUGGUCUUCAUGGCGGUUUUCUUCGUCGUGCGCAUAGUGUGCUACACCGGCGGACUCGUGAACGCCCUGAGCGAGGCGAAAGUCGGCACGCUCGACGCCGUACCGAGACCCGUCAAGCUCACGCUUCUCGUGCUCGUCACGUGCGGCGCCGCUUUAAAUUAUUACUGGUUCUCCAUCAUGAUUCGUAAGGCCAUGCGUGGGCCGCCGAAGCCCAAGAAGGAGGAGACAGACGCGAAGGAGGAAUAG